AUGAGUGAGAAGCAGGCACGGCGUCCACCUGUGGCGCCCAAGCCCUGGUUCAUCCACCAAGAUGCUGCUACGGUGAAGAUCUCCCCGCUACCUUCACCCGCUCUGCAGGGGGCUACCACAGCUUUUGGUCCUGGUCCGGUCAAAGUCUCUAAUGCUGCGUCUUCACAUAAUCCGUCCGCAGGAGCAUUGCUUGCCGCAACCGCCGCGGCCAGCAGGAGGUCGCAGUCGCAAUCGCAGCCGCAGCCGCAACAUCAAGGCCAGGCUGCUCAGAAAAAUGGCCCGUCCUCCCAAGAUGCGUCUUCGCCUUCUCGAGGUCGCCAACCGGCCGUCAGAAGUGUGCGCCCUGCCGCAGCGAUUCGGUCCUCUGCGUCCCCUCCGAAGCCCAGUUUCCCGCCAUAUCUUCCUCAAUCUACCUCUACCGUUGCGGCAGUGGCCGCUUCUACCGCCACAAGUCCUGUUAGACCAGAAACAAAAGAAGAGUCGACUUCCUCAUAUCUCUCUAAGCCAGAGCCUCCUGAAAGACUCCGCCAGCGGUCGAUAAGCACCAGCAGCACGUAUAGCGAUGCAGGGCUCUCUCUCCAGAAAAGCCCAGAGGCUCUUGCUGGGGCUAUUGCCUCGAUGACAAUUGCUCCAGCCCAGGUUCGAGGCAGAGUUGAUGAGAGCCAAAGGAACGACCUGAACGCUAUCUCACAUCGGCUCCUCUCGGCGUCGCAGCCCUCCACCGGGUCCAGUCCGUCUCCGUCUCCAUCUGGAACAGCUGCUGCUGCCCUGGCCACCAGGAACGCUGCUAACGCAGAGGCGAGGCGACGAGCGCAGUCUGGGUCCAGCGAGAGUGUGACGAAUCAGGCAUACCCAGCAAACUUUGGCUUCACUGCACCCACGACAACAGGCCCAAGUUGGCCACAGAUUAGAUUGACGCCUCCAGAGACCGAUUCGGAAACGGAUUCUCUGCGUGCUGUUGAACCUCCUGAGGCUGCUUCAGAAACCCCCCGAAAACCACUUCCGGCACCGACACCGUUGAAACCCGCCCGUGCGGCAAUUGUUGCUCAAGACAAUGCUAACCCCCGUGACCUGGAAUCUCCCGUCCUGGAUGCUCGUACCAAAAUGACGGCAAGCUCGCUUGCUGAUGCCAUGGUCGCAUCCUCCUUGGCAUCAAAACAUUCAGCCUCCCGCGUGGCAUCUCCGGCAUCCAAGCCACCACCUCCUCCUCCUCCUAAGUCCCGCCGACGAUCGAGGUCGGCGACUUUAUUUGAAGGUGGAAAACAACACCUACCUUUCCUCGGGCGUGGUAGUGAGACAACACCGCCAACUCCAAAACCAAAACCGCGCAUUCAACGGCCUAUGAGGCAGACAAUGCGGAGUCAAUCGCCCAAUCACCACGAGAAAGAGGAUGAACACUCCAAGCGCGGUCGGCGGCACUGGAGACGGCAUCCCAACAUGCACCAUGAAGGCGACCGCAAGCGAUGGCGAGACCGAGUCACAGAACGUGAGCGGAAACGGUACGAAGGGGUGUGGGCAGCAAACAGAGGCCUUCUGAAUGAUAUCGACCUUGCCAUUCUCGAACCGGAGCCGGAACAACCGGAGCAGGUCGCCACCAAGAACGCCGGCCCUCCCGGGGAUUUGGUGGCCAAUGUUGUGGUGCGGGAUAUCUGGGAGCGCAGCCGCCUGCCCAAAGAUGUACUAGAAGAAGUCUGGGACCUGGUGGCACGGCCGGGUGCAAAGGCCUUGAACCGUGAGGAGUUUGUGGUCGGACUAUGGUUGAUUGAUCAGAGACUCAAGGGCAGGAAGUUGCCGAUCAGGGUCUCCCCGAGCGUCUGGCAAAGUGUGAGGCAUCCGCAAGGCGUGAAGAUUCGUAAUAAGCGGCGGUAG